AGCUUGGGAUUGAGCAACAGCUUGAGGAGCACAGAGAAAGGGGACAGGGCAAGUGCUCAGAUUAGCGGCCAGCAAGAACCACAGCAGGUAUGGAGUGGCCACAUUCCUGGCCAACGCCUCCCAGAGUUUACUGGAUCUUCUGAAAAUUUCUGAAGUGUGGAAGAAGAAUGUGGAUGUUGCUGAUCUUUUGUGUCAUUUUUGCUCUGAUUCCAGGGGCUGCCUUAGAACAAAACUGUACGCAUCACAAUGUGGUUGAGUAUUUGAAUAUUUCCAGUGACAACAAGCUCCUUUUAUAUACUAGACCCAAAAAGAACUGGGCAGAACCUUUGGAAGUCAACUUGGAUUUUACACUAGUUUCCAUCCUGACAGUGGUAGAAAAAUUGCAGGUGCUAACAACUUAUUUCUGGCUGUUUGUGAAAUGGAAAAAUGACUUUGUGUUUUGGAAUCCCUCGGACUUCUGUAACAUUACCCAUCUUACUCUACCAGCAGAUAAAUUCUGGGUGCCUGAAAUCUCUGUAGAGGAACAGGCAAAUGAAGAGAAAUCCCGAACAAGCCCCUUCGUCCGUGUUUCUUCCAGUGGAGAAAUCAUGCAGUUCCAGACUUUCCACCUGACUUCAUCUUGCAGCCUGCACAUCUACAGGUUUCCCUUUGACAAGCAGAAAUGCAACCUCACCGUGCUCUCGCCCAUGCAUUCAGAUAAGGAGGUAAUGAUGAAAAACAAUGAAAUUACACUUGAAGUGGAUGCCAAAAGCCGAAACAUCUACUUGACUAAUGGGGAAUGGAAAUUCAACAGGAUCUCCAGUUAUAGUUACAAAAUAGUUGGUGUGGAGAUGAAUUACAGUGCAGUGACUUAUCAGAUUUCCAUGCAGAGACGUCCUGUUUUAUAUGUACUAAAUUUGAUCCUCCCAACUUCUGCUCUCUUCUUUCUGGAUAUGGCUAUUUCUUGUACUUCUGCCAGUUCUUCUGAAAAAAUCAGCUUCAAGAUCACAUUGAUCCUAGAAGUGUCUGUUUUGUCCUUGAUUCUGAAUGAUAUUCUGCCAACGUCUUCAGAUGACCCUCCUGUAAUAGCCAAGUUUUUCAUGGGCAUUUUCAUGAUAAUGGUUGCUGGCCUCCUUGAGAAUUACAUUGCAAUGACUCUGAAGGAGAUGAAACCACCUCAUUGGUUGCUCAAAAGCAAGGGACUUGUUUGCUUCAGAAGGAAGAAGAACUCUUUUGAAAAUCCCAUUCCUCCUCCUGAGGAGACAGUGCAAGAGCAGGGAGAGUCAACUGCCCAUACCCCAGCAGGCAAAGAAGGUGUAGAGAAGGAGACCGACGUGUUUGUCAGGACCAUCUGUUCCGAGCUGCGACUAAUUAGGAACCAGGUUUCUGCCCAGAGAAGCCAGGCUCCUGCUAACAGAAAAUGGAACAGGAUUGUGCUCUGUGUGGAGAAGCUGUUUUGCUACACUCGAGUGCUUUUAUCAGUACUGUUUAUAACUUACAUUACUCUGAUGUGGAGGGAAGAAAAAUGACUCAGUGGUCCUACUUCUUGCAGAUUUGACUCAAUUAGUUUAGUUGUUACAUACAGUAAGGAUUUUGGAACUUGUGGACACACAUUUUACUAUGCGGUAUAGUAUGCACAAAUUUUUGUUGUCCCCUCUGUCCAAGCAAAUUGUUCCAGGUUUUGAAACUGUACAAACAAGCCUGUUUUCCUUUGGCAAACAUAGUGAAUGUACAUACCACUAGCCUGUCUUUCAAAUCACCUUUAGCUCUGUGGAAAAACAACCUCUCAUCUUCUUUAAGCUCCCAGACUUUUUUGGAUAUGCAGAGCAUAAUUGACAAGUUGAUCAGAACGUUUUAAACUUCAAUCUUUAUUAAAUUAAAGUAUGGGAAUAUGAAGCUCCUCA